AUGAACAAAACACGUCAAAAAUCUGACGACUCGGAAAGUUCUUUUAUUUCCAUACCUUACAAAUUACAAGAGGAAAAUAUCAUCUUAUCUCAAUCACAAUCACAUUCUGAACAUAUAUCAGCUAUUUCAAAUCGAAAAGCUAAUUACGUGGAUUCGAUGUCACAUUUAACAAACCAACAAUACAAUGACUUAAACUUUAAAGCGCCUGGCCAUCAUUUGUUCUCUAUUCUUACAAAUUCAUAUCCUCAACAGGCUUCAAGCGCAAAUGCUAAUGAUAUGGCUUCUUUGCAUUAUCCAUGCCAAUAUGACCCAAUCACGUUAAUGCAACCACAACAACAAAUUUCUCAAACUAUAUACUCUCAAGAUAAAGCACAACGUGCUGUUCACUGUAAUAAAUUUUUUUAUCGACCAUAUAACGAUUUUUUAAAUUAUCACAUAAAAUGUGAAAAAGUUUCUCUACAAUUAUUAAAUAAUUCAAUGCAAUCUAAAGCGAAUGAAUAUAUUUUUUAUUACCAACAACAAAAUAAUAAUCAAAUUUAUCAAAUAUCAUGUGAAAUUGCUUCUUCCAAUUAUCUCAACAAGAAAUUUUACGGUAUCGAAAUUGAACCAAAUAUGGAACAGAAACAAUUAGUUUUCACAUCCGAUCAACAAGAGAAUCUUAAAUUCUAUUUAUCACAAUAUUUAGGCAACUAUUUAUUUAACUAA